AUGUCUUUCAGAACGAAAAUGUUUAUGAUAUCACGAACAAAAUCUAAACAAGAACUUCCAGAAGUUAAUUUAUCAAAUAUCUUCUUCUUCUUCAUCUCCCACAAAAGCAAUGAAAGUUCCCAUUGUUUGUCGUUUAUGUUUGCUCAUCGUAGUUCCACUUCAAACACGAACAACAAGUUACAAGACAUUUCAGGAACUUGCAACGUAGAAAGAACUAAAAGAGUAAUGGAGAAGCAAUUUCAGCAUGACAUUAAAGUGAAGAAGAAUAAAUCGAAGCUUCUGAAACGAAAUAAAAUACGGGAAGAUUGCGAUUGGGAAGAAGUUAAAGAAUACAACAAAAAAAAAUGA